CACCUCCCAAUUCCAACCCCAAUCCCUUCGAUUCCUCCCCUUACCCUUUUCUCGAAAACGCUCCAAGAUUCCAUCCUAACGUUGGGAGUUUCGAUGAGAGAUCGAGUAACUACGGCCCGGGCUUUGAUGAGCGAUUCCUUGAGAAGAGACCGGAGAGUGGGUUUCGAUACGGCCGGGUCGGCAUAGAAGACGACGGGCUCGGGGAGGGAGUUUUUGCCUACGAUGGCGGUAGCGUGCAGCCGUAUGGUGCUCCGGGAAUUGGGCCUGCGAGGUCUUCCUCGGGGUCUUCUUGGUCGGGUUUUGAUGACUAUGGGAGGCCUUUGGAGUUGUCUUCUGUGGAGGAGGAGGUGGUGGGAAGCAAAGGGAAGAUCGUGAGGGCGGUGCCCAAGGCGGAGGACCAGCAGGAUGUCAAAGACAGUAUGCAGAAGUUCCGGGUCAAGCUGUUGCCAGAAGGAGGAGGGCAGAGCACUAUGGAUGUUCUUUGCCAGGUUUGAAUGUAAAAAGAGUAUAAAAACCCGAACUUGAUCUUAGAUUCCUUGCUACUGAUGUCUCAAUUCUCUGUCUUUCUAAGCAUUAAAACCAUAACUAGAAGUGUGGGAUGAAAUUUUAGUUGAUAGGAUUUGUUUGAAAUCAUCUUGAUAGCUAGAUUUUUUUUUUCUUUUUAAUUCUCUUGACAUUCACAAUAAGAAGAAAAAGGCACUUGUCCUUGACCACAAGUUAAAUAGUAACUGUUGCGGAAGCCAGCUCCCGGCCGCAAUCCAGUGUUUUAUUGAACUUGUGAUUUGAUUUGAUAGAUUGGUUUGGAUGGAAGUCGGAUGGUUGACCCAAGCAAUAAAAGAACAUUGAGAAUCUACCCACUUGAAACUGUUACGAGAUGGGAAGUAGUAGAUUCAUCUACUUAUACCUUCUGGGCUAAAAGCUUGGGUGACAUCGAACCACAGCGUGAGGCUGCAAUCAAACAGAUAUACUACCAAUACCAUACUUGACACUGUGGCCGCUGCGGUUGGUUAGGCAUACAAGCUUGGUUUUUUUCUUUUAUUUGAGUACUUUCUAGCUAUUGUACUUUUUAGCAUGAUAUAAUUUUCUUCUUCUUGAGCCAAAACUUUUUCCGCCCGGAAGUAGUCUGGCAAAUGAGCAAGCUAUUCGCAGGCCAGCUUUUCCAUGUCAUAAUAUCAAAACUUUUAGUUGCAAAAUUUGUAAUUCAGAUGUAGAGACUAUUAACAGUGAGCUAUGGAUAAUUGAAAAUGCAUUGACUGACCACUAGCAUUAUGAAUAACACGUCCUACUGUACUGUAAUGUGAAUAAAAUACCUCCUGUUUUUCUUGUAACAUGCUUAAACUGUUUGUUCUAUGUUUAUUGGUCUUUGGGAUGUCAAUUAGUCCCUUUAUUCUCUGUUUCCCUUUUAGUCGGUCUAUUGUAUUAAUUCUAUUUAAUUCGAAGUGAAUAUAUUUCAUUAUGCAAGCAAUGUGUGCAUUUUUGUAUGAAUUUACAGAUUUACUGUAUCAAACUAAAUCCUAGUAUUUAAAUCUUCUUCAAUCACAGCUGAAAGAGAUGGGUGGAAAUGGUAGGGUUACUAGAAGCAAAUGACCUUCAAAGCCUAGCAAGCCAUCUGAUCAGCCAACUGAAAAGAAGAAAGGUUUUGUUGACUGGAUGAACUUUUUAAAGUCUAGCAGUGAGGAGAAAGACCAUUGGGCAGAAGUAACUCGAAGACUGAGCAUUGCAAAAGAAACAAUUAGCAGAUCUUCUGGAGUGCAAAGCCAUGAAAAUCUUGCUAGGAAACUUCAGGAGGAGCUGGACAAAAGUCGUAUGGCAUCAGCAGGUUCAAAGUCAUCCGAUGGGUCCGGAAGGAGGAUGAGGGAAGUUGCAUACCCCACAUGCACGGUCAUUCUGCAGGUUCAAGCCCCUCCAUCUGGUUCUGAAACAAUAGAAUGUGGAGUCUGCCAACAUCCCUUCCUUGUCAGUUCCCGUUGAGAGCUGCUGACCACAUCAUAUCAUGGUGGCUCAUCGUAUUUACAAAUCAUUGGAUCUUUUUUGAUGUUUUACAUCCGAGCAUGAGAGGUUAAGAGGACUUCGAUACACAACUCUGAAAAGGUGGCGCUUCAACCACUAUCGUCAAAAUUUUCUGGGGAAAAAGAGGAGGACCAGCCACCUCUCUUCAUUAAAGGAGUAUGUUUCUGAGGGCUCGUUUGGUUCGCAGGAAGCAUUUUCCUUUCUAGGAACAUGAUUCCUGAAAAACAAAUUCCUAGGAAGAGAAUGCCUAAAGAAAGUA